UACGAUCGAUAAUAUCUUGAUUUCACCAAUAUAAAAUUGUAACCUUUUGAUAUCAAUAAAAAAUAUAACUAUCAGUGAUAUUGUCGUUUGAGACAAAUAAAUUGUAGAAUUAAUCAUAUUAAAAAAAUUUCAUUUUCGUCUUUAUUGAAUUAACAAUUAUGGAAGAUACAACAGGAAAGAUUAUUAAAUGCAAAGCAGCAAUUGCAUGGAAAGAAAAGCAACCAUUAUCCAUUGAAGAGAUUGAAGUAUCACCACCAAAAGCACAUGAAGUACGCAUUAAAAUAAUAGCCACUGCUUUGUGUCAUACCGAUGCAUAUACUUUAAGUGGAUUAGAUUCCGAAGGUAUAUUUCCAUGUAUCCUUGGACAUGAAGGUAGUGGUAUCGUUGAGAGUGUUGGAGAAGGUGUAACUGAAUUUAAAAAAGGUGAUCAUGUUAUACCUCUUUACAUACCGCAAUGUAAAGAAUGUAAGUUUUGUAAAUCAUCUAAAACAAAUCUAUGUAGUAAAAUUCGUGCUACUCAAGGUAAAGGUUUAAUGCCUGAUAAUACAUCUCGUUUUACAUGCAAAGGACAAUCGAUUGCUCAUUUUAUGGGUUGUUCAACAUUUUCUGAAUAUACUGUGGUAUCAGAUAUAUCUCUUGCAAAGAUUGACAGUAAUGCGCCAUUGGAAAAAGUAUGUUUAUUAGGAUGUGGUAUACCUACUGGAUAUGGAGCUGUGCUUAAUACUGCCAAAAUAGAACCUGGAAGUACAUGUGCCAUUUGGGGUCUUGGUACUGUUGGAUUAGCAGCGAUAUUUGGCUGCAAAACUGCUGGAGCCUCACGUAUCAUUGGAAUAGAUGUUAAUUCUUCUAAAUUUGAAUUAGCUAAAACAUUUGGAUGUACCGAAUUAAUCAAUCCUAAAGAUUAUGAUAAACCUAUUCAAGAAGUUUUGAUAGAACUAACUGACGGUGGUCUUGAUUAUACAUUUGUUUGCGUUGGAAAUGUCCAAACUAUGCGUGCUGCUUUAGAAUCUUGCCAUAAAGGAUGGGGCAUGUCUGUGAUCAUUGGUGUAGCUCCUGCUGGUGAAGAAAUUAGUACUAGACCAUUUCAGUUAGUAACUGGACGUGUGUGGACAGGUUCUGCCUUUGGUGAUUGGAAAUCUAAAGAAAGUGUCCCUAAGCUGGUGGACGAGUACAUGUCUAAGAAAUUACUUAUCGAUGAAUUUAUUACUCAUAAUUUACCAUUUGAGAAAAUUAAUGAAGCUUUCGAUCUCAUGCACUCUGGAACUUGCUUAAGAGCAGUUCUCAAAUAUUGAAAGUAAAUAUACGUAUAUUUUCUUUUUUUUUCUUUUUCUUUAUGGCUUAUAUAUAUUGAAUAAUAAUUAUUAAAAAUUAUUUUUCCAUAAAGGUUUAUAAGAAUUUUAUAAAUACACAUAAUAUAUUUCAUUAA